AUCUCUUUAAGCUAGAAAUCAUUUUACGUGUUUUUGAAGGUCAAGGGUGUGAUAGCAGGUUUUUAAAGUGAAUGGUUUUAAUCUGCAUCCUGGCACAGGCGGGUCUCUUUUCACAUUCCAUCUAUUCAGUGGAACUGGAAAUCUGAAACCAUGUGGGAUGCAACAGGACUAUAUAUAUAAGACAAUCUUUAGUGGUAAUUAGUUUAGAUGUUUAGUUUCGACAUUGAAAGACAUCCUUCCAUCCUUCUCACGAAGCCAUGUCGGUCCGUCGCAGUAGUAAGACGUUCACCACUCGGAGUGUGUUCGGGUCAGCUGGCCUCAGUUCUUCUGGUGGAUUGGUCAUGAAUGGAUUGAGGAGUUCAGGGGUCUCUUUGUCUUUUGGUGGACAAAACUAUGGCAGGUCUGGGAACUAUGGUGCCCGCAUCUCCAGAUCUUUGUCCACUUCAUCCUUGACAGCGGCUGUUAAUGAGGUCACAUUGUCUGCCAACGAAAAGCAGACAAUGCAGAACCUCAAUGACCGACUGGCAUCUUACCUGGAGCGGGUGCGCUCUUUAGAGCAAGCCAACAAGAAACUUGAGCUGCAAAUUAAGGAGUUUUAUGCCAACAAGAGCCCACUGCAGAGCAAAGACUUGAGUGCUUACUUCAAAACCAUUUCAGAGCUCCGCACACAGAUUCACAGCCGUUUUGUGGAGAACACAGAGCUCCGUCUGAAGCUGGACAACACCAAGCUGGCCGCUGAAGAUUUCCAUUUGAAGUACGAGACUGAAAGGAAUAUGCGCGCAGUUGUGGAAGCAGAUUCGGCUCGACUGCGAGGGGUUGUGGGUGAGAUCAAACUGUCCAUUGGUGACCUGGAGAACCAGCUUGCUGGACUGAAAGAGGAGCUGCUGUACCUCAAGAAGAACCAUGAAGAGGAUCUUCAUUUGUUGCGAGAGAAGCAAAGCGGCUCUGUUAAUGUGGAGAUGGACUGUGCAGCUCGGUCAGAUCUUGACAAGGAGCUUCAGGAGAUGAGAGCUCAAUAUGAGAUGCUUAUUGAGAAAAACCGCAGCGAGGCUGAAAGAUGGUUCCAGAGUAAGGCGGAGGUGCUGCAGACUCAAGUGACCACCAGCUUUACUGAAAUCAAGACAUCUCAGACUGAGCUCACUGAUCUGAAGAGAACUUUCCAGAGCCUGGAGAUAGAACUACAGGGGGUUCUCACAAUGAAACAAAACCUGGAGCAGAGUUUGGCUGAAGUGGGCGUACGUUAUGCGGCCCAGCUAAGUCAGCUGCAGUUGCAAAUAGACCACCUACAGGAGGAGCUACAGAGACUCAAUGCCAACAUCCAACAACAGGCUUCAGAGUACCAACUGCUGCUGGACAUCAAGAUGAGGUUGGAGUUAGAGAUCGCUGAAUACAGGAGGCUGCUGGAUGGAGAAGCUCAAACGACUGUCAUAAGCACGUCUGCAUCUUCCAUCACUCAAACUUCCAUGACUAAAACCAUGACAGAGACAGAAACAGUGACCCAAACAAUGGAGAUAAAGGAAGAGGAAGAGUAUAACCCUCACAUCCAGCGCAGAGUGAAGGUCAUUGUGGAGGAGCUUGUGGAUGGCAAAGUCGUAUCUUCUUCUGUUGAGGAGAACGUCCAAGAAAUUAGCUGAGAAGAUACUGCAAUAACAAAAAAACAAUCUUAUAUGUAAUCUCUAAUGACAUAUGUUUCUGGUAUUAGAUUUGGUGCAUUUUUGAUACUAGCCACUAGGUGUCGCGGUACAUCAAUUAAACGAUCAGCUAUAGUCUUAAAAUAACACAAGGUGAGUGUUGAAAGAAUGAGUAAGAGCUUGAGAUGGCGACAUGGUCUGUGUGAGGCAAAGAAGGUUUUUCCCCCCAAACCUGUAUGGGUAUGCAUCUUUCUUCUGCUGAACACAAAAUAAGAUAUUUUUAAGAAUAGCUGAUGGACCUCAUUGAAUUCCAUAGUUUUUUUUAAUGCGGCCCAUUAACUGUUCAAAAUACUGUUCAGACAUUUUUCAAAAUAUCUUCUUUUGUGUUCAGCAGAAGAAAGAAAUUCAUACAGGUUUGGAUCAACUUGAGAGUGAGAAUUUUCAUUUUUGGGUGAACAUUUUUGUUGGGUGAACUAUCCCUUUAAUAAUGGCCUUAUCAAAUAUUUCUGAACUGACUUUUUUUUAAUCAUUUGAAACAAUGACUCUUUAUGCAAAUUGCAGCAGAAAACAGCAACUAGCUAGCAUUGCAAAGUCAUGGUCACACACACACUUAGGUUUUAAGGAAAUUAUUCUUUCCAUUUGUUAUAGAUAUAAAAUAAAAUAAAGAUUGUUUAUGGCACCAGAACAUGGCCAGACAUUCACCUGAGCAGCAUGUCUAAAUGCUAAUGUGCUCCUCAAACGCAGGAUACUGGCCACUAGGUGUAGUAAUACAUCCAUUAUAAUAUGUUCUGUGAUAGUAAUAAAUGCCAUUCCAUUGAUUCAUGCAGUAGCCUACAGUUUCAUAUAUUAGAUAAAAUAUUACAAUUUCACAAUUUGUAAAGAUGGAAAUCACAGUAUCAUAAUUAAGUAAACAUGUAGGCUAAAUAAAAUCUGUGAAUUUAAAGAAAACCACUACUUUAAUUUGAGUAUAUAUUGCCAGCACCCAGUUUUUGCACCCUUUUUAAUCAAAAUUUUCCUAAAACAACAUUUGUGAUUAAUUGUUUUUGUGUGCGUGUGUUUCAGGUAUACAGGUGCUGGUCAUAUAAUUAGAAUAUCAUCAAAAAGUUGAUUUAUUUCACUAAUUCCAUUCAAAAAGUGAAACUUGUAUAUUAUAUUCAUUCAUUACACACAGACUGAUAUAUUUCAAAUGUUUAUUUCUUUUAAUUUUGAUGAUUAUAACUGACAACUAAGGAAAAUCCCAAAUUCAGUAUCUCAGAAAAUUAGAAUAUUGUGAAAAGGUUCAAUAUUGAAGACACCUGGUGCCACACUCUAAUGAGCUAAUUAACUCAAAACACCUGCAAAGGCCUUUAAAUGGUCUCUCAGUCUAUUUCUGUAGGCUACACAAUCAUGGGGAAGACUGCUGACUUGACAGUUGUCCAAAAGACGACCAUUGACACCUUGCACAAGGAGGGCAAGACACAAAAGGUCAUUGCAAAAGAGGCUGGCUGUUCACAGAGCUCUGUGUCCAAGCACAUUAAUAGAGAGGCGAAGGGAAGGAAAAGAUGUGGUAGAAAAAAGUGUACAAGCAAUAGGGAUAACCGCACCAUGGAGAGGAUUGUGAAACAAAACCCAUUCAAAAAUGUGGGGGAGAUUCACAAAGAGUGGACUGCAGCUGGAGUCAGUGCUUCAAGAACCACUACGCACAGACGUAUACAAGACAUGGGUUUCAGCUGUCGCAUUCCUUGUGUCAAGCCACUCUUGAACAACAGCCUGGGCUAAAGACAAAAAAGGACUGGACUGCUGCUGAGUGGUCCAAAGUUAUGUUCUCUGAUGAAAGUAAAUUUUGCAUUUCCUUUGGAAAUCAGGGUCGCAAAGUCUGGAGGAAGAGAGGAGAGGCACACAAUCCACGUUGCUUGAGGUCCAGUGUAAAGUUUCCACAGUCAGUGAUGGUUUGGGGUGCCAUGUCAUCUGCUGGUGUUGGUCCACUGUGUUUUCUGAGGUCCAAGGUCAACGCAUCCAUAUACCAGGAAGUUUUAGAGCACUUCAUGCUUCCUGCUGCUGACCAACUUUAUGGAGAUGCAGAUUUCAUUUUCCAACAGGACUUGGCACCUGCACACAGUGCCAAAGCUACCAGUACCUGGUUUAAGGACCAUGGUAUCCCUGUUCUUAAUUGGCCAGCAAACUCGCCUGACCUUAACCCCAUAGAAAAUCUAUGGGGUAUUGUGAAGAGGAAGAUGCGAUAUGCCAGACCCAGCAAUGCAGAAGAGCUGAAGGCCACUAUCAGAGCAACCUGGACUCUUAUAACACCUGAGCAGUGCCACAGACUGAUCGACUCCAUGCCACACCGCAUUGCUGCAGUAAUUCAGGCAAAAGGAGCCCCAACUAAGUAUAGAGUGCUGUACAUGCUCAUACUUUUCAUGUUCAUACUUUUCAGUUGGCCAAGAUUUCUAAAAAUACUUUCUUUGUAUUGGUCUUAAGUAAUAUUCUAAUUUUCUGAGAUACUGAAUUUGGGAUUUUCCUUAGUUGUCAGUUAUAAUCAUCAAAAUUAAAAGAAAUAAACAUUUGAAAUAUAUCAGUCUGUGUGUAAUGAAUGAAUAUAAUAUACAAGUUUCACUUUUUGAAUGGAAUUAGUGAAAUAAAUCAACUUUUUGAUGAUAUUCUAAUUAUAUGACCAGCACCUGUACAUUACGGGGACAAAAAUGUCCCCACAAAGAUGACAACCCUGUUGAAAAAAACAGCAUGGUUAGGUAUGUUUUGAAGCAUGGAAGCUGGUUUAAGCUGGCCAUGAGCUGCUUUAAGCUGGUCCUGAGCUGGAGCUAGUUGCUUAGGACCAGCACUUGACCAGCUUAAAGCAGCUCAUGACCAGCUAAGGACCAGCAUAAACCAGCUCAAACCAGCUUCCAUGCUUCAAAACAUAACCAGCAUAUGCUAGUUUUUUGUCCUUGUGGGGACAUUUUUGGUCCUCAUAAAGAAAACUGCUUAUAAAUCAUAAGUGUUGUAAGUGAUGUAAAAAUGCAGGGUUUUUAUUUAUUUAUUUUUUUUUAAUGAUGGGUAGGUUUAGGGUUAGGGGAUAGAAUCUUUCACUUUGUGGGGACAUUUUUUGAAAACAGCUUAUCAUACUAAUACUAAAUGCUGUGUUUUGAAAAUGUAAAAAUGAAGUUUUCUGUGAUGGGAAGGUUUAGGAUUAGGGGAUAGAAUAUACAACAUUGUACAGUAUAAAAAUGUUUGUGUCUAUUUCUGCUGAACAUUUUUAUAAAACCUUUUUAAAGGACAAG